AGCCUGCAACUUCUCACACCAAUUUUACAUUUCAGUACUACAGAAGCGAAGCCGAAAGCCCUAAUUGAAACGACGAAGAGAGAAGCCAUGUCUCGAAGGGAGGGUCGGGAUUCAGACUCCAAACGACACCCUUCCAGCAGGUUCGAUAGGGAUCGCAGUCCUAAAAGAACAAGAAGGGAUGGAAAGCCUGAAGCUGGGAGGAUAUCCAGAAAUGCUACUACGGAUGUUGCAGACCAUACGGAUCGUGAUCAGAGGCACCGCCACCGGAAGCAAGAUGCAUUAGCAGUGGAGGCCCCAUCUGCACCUGAUUCCAAGGCAGAAACUGCAUUCGUGAACAAAGAAGUUGUGAUGAAACCCAAUGAACAUCAUCAAGGGGCUAAUUCCAAGGCCCCAUAUUUCCAGCAUGAUGAGCGUGGCAAUGCCAGGCAAGUUGGUCGAAGCUUUAGUCGGAAAGCAUCUAAUGAGCGUGGAUGGAGAGAUUCAAGAGAUUGGCGUAAUGAGAAGGAAGCAGGUCAUGACACACAUUCAAGAGAUGGGAAACCAGAAGUCAAGGAGGAUGAGAAGAAUGUUUGGCGUCAUGACAGGUUUCUAGAAACGGAGGCUAAUCCUGUGCCACCUGCACGUAAGAGGCCUGCAUUUAGGGAGAAGAAAAUUCUAGACCCUGAAUCUUCUGACAAAGCUGCAAUGGAGCCUGUUAAUAUGAACAGAUCUGAUAAUAGUGCUUUUGGAAGUGAAAAACGGGAGGAAAGAGACCAUAAGACUCAACAUCUGGACAAACGUGAGAAAUCAUAUGGAGCUGAUAGGGUAUCAAGCAGAGGAGAAGCACUGAGGGGUGGCUUUCCACCGAGAGAAAGGCAUGCUGGCAAUGGUGGCAAUUAUGGGGGAAGGGAUAGAUAUGGUGGUAGGCAAGGGUAUCACUCAAGUGGCGGUCGAGUGGAGAAAUGGAAGCACGACUUGUUUCAUGAGGCUAAUAGGAGCCCUACCCCGAAGAAUGAAGAGGAUCAGAUUGCAAAGGUUGAAGCACUCCUGUCUUCAUAGAAAUGUGGUAGCAUUUGUCAUGGGUUUUGCUUUGGCAUGCUUUGUUCAAAACAACCUGUUUGUGUUAAAAACAUCGGAUCUGUCCUAAAUUUGUUAAACUAGAGGGUACAUAUACCUCACUGGAGGUGAAAGUUAUGGGUUAUGCCCUGCUUUCCAUUUUGAUAAUAGAUCAUUUAUUUUGUUGC